AACACCACACAUCCUUAGGCGAUAAUCUAAUAACAGAACAGUACCCCACAAAUAAAAUAAGAGAGAGCUCUUCAUGGAUUCGUCUCAAAACGAUGGCUUAUACGAACAGCUCCUCCACCCUCAGUCUGAUGGAACGGUGCCACUUUCUCCUUCGACGGAGUCUAGAAACGGCGAGCUAGAGAGAGUGCUUUCCGACGUUGAAACACCGUUGUUUCACCGCCUUCGUAAGGCCACGAUGAUUGAAUCCAAGCUUCUCUUCAAACUUGCUGCGCCUGCGGUCAUCGUGUACAUGAUUAACUACAUGAUGUCCAUGUCCACUCAAAUAUUCCCCGGCCAUCUCGGAAACCUAGAACUCGCUGCAGCUUCUCUUGGUAACACCGGGAUAAAAACCUUCGCAUACGGUCUCAUGUUAGGGAUGGGUAGUGCGGUAGAAACGUUGUGUGGUCAAGCGUUUGGAGGUAGAAAAUACGAGAUGCUUGGCAUAUAUCUCCGGAGAUCCACCGUGUUGCUCACUCUCGCCGGCGUUCUCCUAACGUUAAUCUACGUCUUCUCCAAACCCAUUUUGCUUUUCCUCGGAGAGUCGCCGGAGAUAGCUUCCGCCGCGUCUAUCUUCGUAUACGGCCUUAUCCCUCAAAUCUUUGCCUACGCCGUUAACUUCCCUAUCCAAAAGUUUCUACAGUCGCAAAGCAUCGUUGCUCCGAGUGCUUACAUCUCAACGGCCACGCUCUUCGUUCACCUUCUCUUAAGCUGGCUCGCUAUAUACAAGCUUGGCAUGGGGCUUCUUGGAGCGUCGCUGGUGCUCAGCCUCUCGUGGUGGAGUAUUGUGGUGGCUCAGUUUGUUUACAUCGUUACGAGUGAUCGGUGUCGUGAGACGUGGAGAGGGUUUAGUGUGCAGGCGUUCUCGGGGCUACCGAGUUUUUUCAAACUCUCCGCCGCCUCCGCCGUGAUGCUAUGCCUUGAAACUGUAGAAGCCGGAAAACCGGACUGACAUAAACGAUAGAAUAAAAGCGAUGUUAAGGAAAUAAACGAAUGUAAAAGACGAAUACAAGAACGAUAAGAAAUCGUAUUCGCAAAGAGACAUGGAGUCGAUAUAUGAUCUCUUUCCUUAACUCAAAA